GCGAGAACGAGGGGGAGCACGUAACCUGCCUACAAAUUAAGACCGCAAUCAUAAACUCUUGCGGCGAGUUUCUUCAUGUUUCACUCCCGUUUCCGCGCGGUUGGUUGUACUGUUGACACUUGUGUAUUUUUUGGCCGUCCAUUCCGGAUAACGAUUCGCUAAGCAACAGUCUACUAAUGACUGACUUCGACAUCUCAGUCAGAGCUUUCGAUCUCCCAGUCGGAGCCCAGCAAACAAGCCUGCACCGCUACUUCCCGACUGGAUCCAGAUCUCCGGCCGCCAGACCCGAGAGCUGAGGUGUCAAAUCCAGGACGGACAUACAUGAAGAAUUCCGUACCCGCGGCGACCGUGGAAUAACAGUUUAAAAUGACACGCUUAUUUGACCGAAUCAGAAGAAAGAAAGGGAAACCGAUUGGUGUUUAAAUUAACUCGUUUUAUUGGGACUAACUUGAAUAUGGAUGGAGAGAAAUUACUUUUAACCUUUUUUAUCAGUAUAAUAUCAUUCCCAUAACCAAGCGGGAGACUAUUCAGCUAUUCGGACAGACGGACAGUAACAGGACUAAUUGAAAGCAACCGAUGUAAAGGACAGAACUGAGUAACGACAGUUUGGAAUUAGGACUUUCAUGUUCAUUCAGGGGCCGUUCGAAUAGCCGACGUGGUUCUCAGAUCAAGCCGGGAGGAGCAGCAAAGCAAGAACGCAUGCUUCGGGCAUGGUGCCCACGCCCCAGGUGUGCGUAUCAACCCUGGUCACGGUGAGCACGAUGGCAGUCGUCGACCUCUACCUGCUGGAGCAAAGCAUGAUGGGAGCCCGCGGCAAGGCCAGCCCUGGCGUGUGGCCGUGCACCGCUGUGUUGCUAGGUGACCUGGGCUUCCUGCUGGCGCUGCGCUUUGUGUCGGCGGGCGUGGUGUCUGAGGCGCGCUCCCCGCGCAGAGGCUUCGCCAACGCCCUCUGGUUCCUCUUCCUGUCUCUGCUGCAGCUCAAACUUUUCUUCGUCUGCCAGAACUACCGGACGGAGCGCCGGCCACCCGACCCCCUGGCCAGGAAGACGCUCACCCUGCUGCUGUCCAUCUGCCUGCCCUCCUUGUUCCUCAUCCUGACGGGGGCCGAGAACAUGACUCCCCUGCGCAGGAAGCAGGAGGUGCAGGGCAGGCUGCUCUGGGUGGUGGUGGACCUGCUGGAUGUUCUGGACCUGCAAGCCGGGCUCUGGGAGGCCCACGUAGGGGCCCCUGACCUCGGGGUCCCACUCUGGGCAGAGGGCCUGGUGUUCUUCUACUGCUACGCCCUCCUGUUACUGCUGCCCUGCGUGGCCCUCACGGAGCUGGGGGCAGCCGCCCUGCCCGGGCAGAGAGGGCCCCACAAGGAGGCCCUGUACCCCUGGAUAAGUCUGGUCACUAUAAACGUGCUGACCCUGGCGCUCCGGGGGACCGGCAUGCUGUGGUACAGAGACCCCCGGGUGUCCACGGUGUUCCUGGGGAAGAACCUGCUGGCCCUGACCGUGAAGCUGAGCUCGGCGUGGGAGAAGCACAAGCAGGCCGGGGGCCGGGGGCCAGGGGCCAGGGCCGAAGGAGAGGCCGGGGGCAGCACCACCCUGGCAACACAGAGCUCGGAGCAGAUGGAGGACCGGGCCCAGGGUAAAACUAGCCCCGGGCCUUCCUCUCGCUACCAAACCCUGUCCCGGUCCCACGUGGGCCUGGACCGUACAGACACCUCCCUGGGACCCUCAUUCAUCACUCAUGAACUCUAGAACCCGUCCAGGCGGAGGCAGAUCGGCCUUUUUGGGCUGUCAAGCUAUUCGGAGCGACACAGUCAGUGGAGCAUUUUGCACGGAGGACUGUUGCACUGCCAGCCUCACACGGAGUAGGACACAGAUCACGCUCACGCACUCACACACACACACACACACUCACACACACUCACACUCACACUCACACUCACACUCACACACACUCACACACACUCACACACACUCACACACCAGUAACUCUGUGAACUGGCCCAGGCUACCACAGCAGUAACUCAUCCAAUUAGCUCACUUUGGUUAAAGGGAUGAUUUAUGCACCCCUGGGUCCUGGCAGCCUGUAGUAUUUGGGUGUCCCAGAGGUGGGGGGGGGCAGCGGGGCGGAGUGGUAGAGGCGGAAGACGUACAGCGAAAGAAGUGCCUUGCCUGUCAAGGAGCUACAAUCCUCAGCGGCUGUUUCACAGACAUCAUCUGUGCCAUAUUGGGGCUUGGACAUAAAGCAGUUUGUUAAUGUGUGUGUGUGUGUGUGUCUCUUUGUGUAUACUGUGAAAACACUCUGACAAUAGCGUCGGCUCCACCUCCAGGACAGCGUCCACACUGUAAUAAAGUGUUUCAGACUCUUCGGCUGUGACACUUCAUUGGCAGACUGAGGGAGCGUAUUAGCAACCUGUCACCACAACAGUGGAUGAAACAAGAUCCGAGGCCGAUCACUCACAGCUAGAGGGCCCAGGGGGACUCGCUGGCUGUCCGCAACUUCAAAAACAUCCACUGCAUCAAAGCA